UACAAAAAUAUAAUUCACAUGAACCUUACUACUAUUAAUUGCUGUACUUUUGUCAAUUGUCACCCUCUCCACAUUCAUUUCCACUUUUUUUUGUUCUUGUCGAUUCAUUUCGAUUCAUAAUGCUUACAAUUUUAGAUUGCAAUUUACAUCAAACUUCUUCCUCUUCUUCAAUAGUAUAGGUUUUAACUUUUAGUUUCCUCUGUUUCUUUUAUUCUUUUUCUUCUUUUUAUUUUGUGGGUUUUAAGGGUUUUGCUGCAAGAUUUGCAAUUGGUUUCUUUUUGGGGGUCCUGGGGGGUUUUUCAAUUUCUGAAAUUAAUACCCAGUUGCAGAAUUUCGCCAUUGUUGAAAAGCUUGAGCUUUUGGGGGCCCAUUCAACUAUUCAUGAUUGGAAGUAUGGCUGCAACUUCAGCUAUCCUAAAUGAUACCGCACUUGUGUAUUCUUCAACUGGUUCAGUUGAUAGUAGUUCGGAUACUCCAUUGAAUGAGGGUCAGUGCCAUUGGUUUUCUCCCAAGGCAAGCAAUCAUAUUGAAGUCGGAAAUGGGGGAUACUAUGACAGAGGUGAUGGUGCUUUUGCUUACAAAUAUCAGCUUGAGAACGAUGUUCGAAGUUUACACCAACAGUUGCAGGAGGAAAAGGAAUUGCAUGCGACUCUGGAAAAUGCUAUCGAAAAGAAUGUCAUGGAAUUAUCUACUCCAUCUCACUUUCCCCAGCAUGCAGUAGAGCUUUUGUCCAGUAUUGCAGCGCUAGAGGCCUCGAUUUCAGAGCUUCAAGAGGAGAUGAUUUCACUCCAUUAUCAACUGAGUCAAGAAAGAAAUGAAAGGAGACUUGCUGAAUACCGAUUGCAACGUUCUAAUUCCAAGAAGACAUCUUCACCUUCCUGGCAGGAGAGCCAAUUAUCUUCAAAAAUGCAUCCCAAGUGUAGCGGGCCUGUGAAUACUGGGAAGCUCACUAAAGAGCUUUCUUCUAAGGGACUAUGGAAUCAUCCUAAUCGGUUAUCAGAGGAGAUGGUGCGAUGCAUGAGAAGUAUUUUCAUCUCUUUGGCUGAAUCUUCCCCUUCGUCAAAUGGCACCACAAUGGAUUUGCCAAGUUCACCCCGUGCUCAUCCUUCAAAUGCUCCAUCAUGGUCAUUAUCUGAACACUUGAUGGUUCCCAUGUGGGCAAAAAGCCCACAGAUUGAUUUGCCUCAUGAUUCGGAGGUGCUAGGAACAGACAGUACUUUUGACCCUUAUAAAGUCAGUGGAAAAUUAAGUUGGUUGGAGAUUGGGAGAUAUGGAUUGGCAACAGAAGUUUCUUGGAUGUCAGUUGGUAAAAGGCAGCUGGAAUAUGCUGCAGGAUCACUGCGGAGAUUCAGGAUACUUGUUGAGCAAUUGGCCAAAGUGAAUCCUAUCCUCUUGAGCAGUGAUGAAAAGCUGGCUUUCUGGAUCAACUUGUAUAACGCCUUGAUUAUGCAUGCUUAUCUGGCAUAUGGGGUCCCGCGAAGUGAAAUGAAGUUCUUUUCGUUGCUGCAAAAGGCAGCUUAUACAGUCGGUGGCCAAUUAUUCAGUGCUGCUGUCAUUGAGUAUGUGAUCCUGAAGAUGAGACCACCUAUUCAUCGUCCUCAAAUUGCUCUGCUACUGCCUCUUAACAAGCUAAAGGUAUCAGAGGAACAAAAAAAAUUCGCAAUUGAUUCUUAUGAACCAAAUAUCGCAUUUGCCCUCAGCUGUGGGAUGUACUCAUCGCCUGCGAUUCAGGUGUUCACAGCAAAGAAUGUCAGAGAUGAACUUGAAGCAGCACAGCGUGAUUUCAUUCGGGCUUCUGUUGGUGUGAGUAGCAAAGGGAAGUUGCUGGUUCCAAAGAUGCUGCACUGCUUUUCCAGAAAUAACGUUGAUGAUUCAAAACUUGCUCAGUGGAUAUCGCGUUAUCUGCCUCAGGAGCAGGCUGCUUUCAUCGAGCAACACAUUACUCAAAAGCGGCAGAAGCUAUUUGGUUCUCGGAAUUGUGGGGUCCUUCCUUUUGAUUCUCGGUUUCGCUACCUUUUUGUGCCUGAAAUGGUUUACCAAUAACUGUGUGCCUGUUCCAGUGUAGUUUAGCAUAAACUCUGCUCGAGUACAUGUCAAGCUAAAAUGUUACCCAGGCCUGUAGUGUGUAAAUCAGGAAUAGGAGGGUAUAUAGUGGGACAGUGGGUGGUUUUUUGAUACCAACAAGGAGCAAAUUCUACUUGGAAUUUCUGGUGAAUAUAAAUGUAAAUACAUAUUCAGUACAAUUGAAAAUUUAUCAGUGCAAAUAAAUUUAGUUUCUCCAA